AUGGGCAUGGUACUUAAAGCUACAUUGAAUCGCCAGCUUACUGCUUUCUUCAAUUUCAUACCAUUCGUCACCCACUACUUGUCGACCAAGAAACCCUUCCAGAUGUCGUUGUUUCCACCAGCUCCCAAGCCAAAGUCCCUGUUGGGAUACCACCGUAUUCUUUCCCCAACAGCCGGCGUUCGCGUUUCUCCGCUAUGUCUAGGUGCUAUGAACUUUGGAGAUGCGUGGAAGGACUUUUUGGGAGAGUGUAACAAGGAGACCAGCUUCGCAAUGCUCGAUUUCUUUUAUCAGAACGGUGGUAACUUUGUGGAUACCGCGAACAACUAUCAAGGAGAAGAGAGUGAGACUUGGAUUGGAGAGUGGAUGCAGAAGAACCAGAAUCGUGAUGAGAUGGUCCUUGCCACGAAGUAUACCACGGGUUACAGGACGAUCUCUGAUGCCACGGAGAAGAUCAAGUCCAAUUUCCAGGGCAACCAUAGCAAGUCUUUGAGACUUUCUGUCAACGCGAGCUUGAAGAAGCUGCAGACGGACUAUAUUGAUCUCCUAUACGUCCACUGGUGGGACUAUACGACCAGCAUUCCAGAGUUGAUGAAUUCCCUGCACCAACUAAUCAUGGCUGGCAAAGUCUUGUACUUGGGAAUCAGUGAUACACCUGCGUGGGUCGUUGUCAAGUGCAACGACUACGCUCGAUUCCAUGGCCUGACGCAGUUCAGCGUGUACCAAGGGCACUGGUCGGCGGCUUUCCGCGAUUUUGAGCGAGAGAUUCUACCCAUGAUUGAGGCGGAAAAUAUGGGUAUCGCGCCAUGGGGCGCUCUGGGUCGUGGACAGCUCAAAUCCGCCGAGGAGUACAACGAUGCGAAUCGCGAUGGUCGCAAAAUGGCCCCUCAGAGUGAAAAGGUUCGCAAAAUGGCCGCGAAACUGGAUGAAAUAGCCAAGAAGAAGAAUACCGCCAUCACCUCCAUUGCUCUCGCGUAUGUGAGGCACAAGGCGCCGUAUGUCUUCCCAAUCGUCGGCGGCAGGAAGAUCGAACACUUGAAGGGCAAUAUCGAGGCUCUUGGUAUUGAACUUACACAGCAGGAGAUUGACGACAUCGAGGAUAGUGAAGACUUUGAUGUUGGAUUUCCGACCAGCUUCUUAUUUCCAGGCAAGCCGUACCGCACUAGAUAUACCACGAUGGAUAUGCCAUUGGUCAUCACCAACACACCGCUGGAAUCUCAGCCCAAGCCGCAGGUCAUCGAACCUAGGCAAGGUGAGAAGACACUCAAGCUGGGUUGA